AUGGGAGCUGCCGAGUCUUCCUAUUCCAAUGGACCAGGGGAACUCACCGGCGCUCACGUGAUUCUGCAGGAGGCCAACGAAGAGGAUCAUCAGGAAGGCGUGCUUGGAGGGGGGGAAGCGACAGCGACAGUAGGAACCUUUUCUCCUAUGACCGGAGAGCCUGAGACAGCAGAAGACCCCGAUCACCACCGUCUUGCAGGAAAUGCAGCAGGUAACAGUGAGGCAACCGAAUCAACAGAGGAUGAGUGGAGUUUAUCUUCUCACUGUGCCGGACAAAAACACAUGCGCGUCAUGGGUCUGGAGGCACUCUUGCAGCUGCCCAAGUUGGCGCUAGCCGAGCUCUUCUGGUCUGAUGAGGAGCCCUUAGGGGCACCUCUAGGUCCGCGUGCAGCAGCAGAAAAAGUGAGACACUCAAGAGACCCUCCUCCAGCCGCUUCCUCGUUGAGUGCUCGCGCGAAUCGGUACAGGGCCUUUCUUCUCAGGGAGAGACUUGAGGUGAUUCAUGCCCUGGACAGUAACCCAAGCAGCAACAGCGGCGGCAACGAAGCCAGUACCGAUACAAGAGGACUUGCGGAGUAUGAUUUUGUAUCGAUUGCCUCCCUGGCGGCAAUGGGCGUAGGCGUCUGUAUGCGGCCUUCUUGGAGUGAGCUGGCGCAGCAGGUUGGGACUUACAAGGCAUUGAGACUUUUGAAGGCGAGGUUGGAGAGGGACAAGCAGCAAUUAAGAGAAAGUAUUAAGGAUAAGAUCGCGCGGAGGCGGCAAGCAGUGGGGUCGCACAGCAGAGAAGGCGAUGUCGAUGAUGGGAGCAGAACGAGCGGCAUGGUAUUGGGGCAUACGGGCAGCGGCAAAACACGCUACAUGAAGGAUAUACCCGAAGCAUACAAAAUAUCAGAUAUGCCAGGUUCCCUGUCGGCGUCAAAGCAGCUACAACACCCGAAGCAGCAGCGUCACCAAGAGCCCCCUGCAGUUUCCGCAUUGCAGCUGCCGGAUAGGACGCAGUCUCUCAGCAGUCUUUUCGCCGGCCACUCAUCUUUGCAGGAUGAGAUAACACUAGUUGAGGCGAUGCGCACGGAGAUCGAGGAGGAUAUUAGCGUCUUGGAGAAUGCGUGUGCGGAGCUAGAGGCGCUGCUUCGGAGAGUGUGGACAGCGGAGAAGUUGCCGCGGGAGAAGCGCAUGGAACGACUUGGAUUCAGGAGGCUCUGGUGUCAUCCUCAGGGAGAUAGAGAGCAAGCAAUGAUGGCCGAUAAGCUCUUUGCACUAUGCUUCAGCUAUAUCCAGGCAUCAAGCAAUACAGGUAGCAGGGGCACCGUCAGUGGCAGCAGUUCACCCUCCGCGUUCUUGAGUUACAACGAGCUGCUGGACGCCUUGCCCCCCAAGGCCUUGGAGUACCUCUGGUAUACCUCAGAACUUCGCAGGAAGGAACGACAACAGUAUAGGUACUUUUGGAUCUAG